GCCAGCUUAUGAAGUGAUAUAGGUUAAGAGCUGCUUAUUCUAUUGGGGUUAAACAUAACCGAGCUGGACGUGCCAGGCCAAUUGCUCAAAUCAUAUCUGCAAGCUUCUACCCAAUCAGUUACAGACAUGAAAUCAAAAGACAUCUAGCAUUCCAGUUUAUAGAGAAGUUCUUCUUAAUAGCCCCUUUGCCGUGACCUGCUGCAAUGGCGGCAUCUCCGUUCCAAUUUGGGACGACAGCCGCGCCUCCAGCUAGCCCCUUCGGAUUCUCUACAGCAAAUGCUGCAGCAGCACCGGCGAGUAGCGCGCCUGCCUUCGGGGCGGCCGCGUCAGCACCCGCAUUCGGGACGGGAUUCAGCUUUGGGACAGGUGCCGCAGCGGCGCCGGCGUCCACACCAGCCUUCGGAGCGGCCUUCGGGGCAGCAGCUGCGAAGCCAGCCACAACAUUUGGUGCGGCGUCGUCUGCACCCGCGUUUGGCGCGACUGCUGCUCCAGCCUUCGGAGCAUCGACAGGAGGCGCAUUCUCUUUCCCAACAGCCGCACCCGCAGCCACCAGCGCGCCAAGCCUCUUUGGAGCAACUACAGCGCCAUCCCUGUUCGGCGCCUCCUCCGCACCAGCAUUCGGGGCGGCUGCCUCCACGCCCUCACUGUUUGGGACCACAACAGCCCCUGCGACUGGGACCACAACAGGCGGCCUGUUCGGAGCCCCCGCAGCUGCGGCCGCCGCCAACAUCUUCGCCCCGCAAACCCAACAACAACAACAGCAGCAACAGACGGCGAACGUGUUUGGCGCCGCGGGGCAGGCCGCCCUGCCCGGCCUGGUGGACCCCAGCGGCCUCACGCAGGACGACGCGGUGCGCUCCCUCACCCGCAUAGCCGCCGCCUACAACCCCGCCUCCCCCGACUACCGCUUCCAAACGCUGUUCUUCUCGGUGGUGGAGCGCCCUGAGCAGCGGGUGAAGCCGCCGGGGGUGGACGAGAACCGCUGGAGGGCGGCGCUGGCAGCGAUAGGGGGACCCAACAACCCGCAAAAGUUGUGGCCGGUUGGUGCCAACGGCUUCCGCGACCUCAACACGCGGUCUCGCAUGCAGGCGGAGGCGGUGGCGCAGAACGCAACACGACUGCGGGAGCUGCAGGACCGCGCCGCCGCCAUGUCUCGGCGCCACAACGAGUUCCGCGCUCGCAUCGGCGGGCUGCAGCGGCAGCACACGGAGCUCAACCACAAGCUGCUGCACGUGGUGCGGUGUGUGGACGCGCUGGAGAGCAGGCUGGCGCUGUCGGCGGGCUACAACGCGCAGCAGUCCCGGCAGCAGGUGUCGGAGCUCUCCCGGCAGUUGGCGGUGCUGGAGGAGGCGCUGGCACCCGCGGCGGCGGCUGCGGGGCUGCAGCGGCGGCUGGAGGCGGUGGCGGCGGCGGCUCGCAUGCGCGCCGGCAGCGGGGAGGGCGCGGCGGGCGGGCUGGCCUCGGUGAAGCUGGACGACAAGUCGCAGUCGCAGCUGUUUGCAGUGCUGCGGGACCACGCGGAGGGAGUACGGCAACUGCAGGCCAUUCUGAAGCAGGACGAGUUGGACCUGGAGGUGAUGAAGCGGCUGCAGGCGGCGGGGGGCAGCGACAUGGCACUCAGCUCGGCAAUGGGCAUGUAAUGUGAUGUGACGAUGCGUUGGUGGUGGCGGGGUGGGGUGAUGUAAUAUGAUGGAGUGGUGUGGGGGUCUUGAGGUCACAGCCAGACUGCGGUUCUUCCAGCAGAAACCCUUACUGACGGACUCGUUUGACCGCAGCGGCAGAGCGAUGUGGGUCAGAAGAAUGGUUACGUGUUGCCUAGCCGUGGGAGGUUCCCGUGUGGGUGCUUGCGCCUGGCUGUCGCGCACCCUCGUGACACCAUGCGUGGAGGGGUGGCGGGUGGAUGGGUUGCGAGUUGGGAGCAUCCCUCCUGGUCCUGCCGCGAGGGCGGUCCGGGCUGCGUGUGGGGCCGUGUUGUAAGGUGC